AUGAUAGUUAAGCAAAUAGCUCAUGAGUAUAAACUUUCCUUCAUAGCACUCUUGGAAACUAAAGUUGCUAGCAAUAAAAUGCAAAUCAUUGCUAAGAAAAUGACUAGAGACUGGGACUGGAUUUCAAACUCUCAGCAUACAAAUAGAGGUAGAAUCUGGAUUCUUUGGGAUGGUGAUGUUUUAUCUGUUCAAUGCAUUUCCUCAUCUGAGCAAUAUAUGACAUGCAGUGUCUCUUCUAAGGAUGACAAGUUAUCCUAUAUUGCUACUAUUGUUUAUGCUCUAAAUGAUCAAAUAGGCAGGAAAAAUCUAUGGCAUGAUCUAUCAGUGUUCAAGCAGAAUGUUAACUGUCCAUGGAUUAUAGGUGGAGAUUUUAAUGCCAUCAUAUGUAAUGAGGAGAAAUUGGGUGGAUCUCAAGUACCUGAAUCUGAAACUGAAGACUUUCAAAAAUUUAUUGAACUGAAUCAGCUGCAUCAUCUUAAAGCAACUGAGUGUUUUUUCACUUGGUGUAACAAACAGGAUGCUAAUUCCAGAAUUUGGAGCAGAUUGGAUAGGGUUUUGGUAAAUGAGGAGUGGAUCCUUAAAUAUACACCUAGUCAAGUUGAUUUUUUAGUACCAAACUUUUCUGACCAUUCUCCAGCUUUGGUGAUAAUUCAUGAUGAUGAAAUAUGUGAAGGAAAGAAACCAUUCAAAUUUUUCUCCAUGUGGAUUAAGCAUCCUGAUUUCUAUGCAAAGGUCAAGUCUGUUUGGGAACAAAACUUCAGGGGCUAUUAUAUGUAUAAGCUGGUCAUGAAGCUGAAAAAUCUCAAACCAGUUUUGAAAGAAUUGAAUAAAAGGCAUUUUAUGAAUAUCAGUGAGCAGUUUAUAAGAGCCAAAGGGGAGCUAACUAAAAUUCAGCAGCACUUAGCUAAUGAUCCCUUCAAUUCUGAUCUGAUAAUUAAAGAGAAAAAAAUGUCUAAGUGCUUAUACCGGGGUGGUUGA